UCAAGUGUAGUCUCACCAUCACCACAUACACAAAGGGGAUGGAGAUAAGAUUGUUGGGGAAGAAGAAGAAGAAGAAGGAAAGAUGGCCUCUUCUCUUUUCUCCCCAGUGAGCACCGGCUCAUUUCUCAAAUGCCGUUUCUCCCCUCCCACUCUCACACAGCUUUCAUCAUCCCAGAAAAACAACAGCAUGAGAUGCAGCUUUUCUCCCGAGGACUACUACAUUCCUGCUGUUGAUUUUGUUGGCCAGUCUCUCUCUGCAUUGAAUGAUACACAGAAAUGGGCAUCCUUUUCAUCAGCCGGACUUGUGUGGUUUUACCUGACGGCGAGGCCUGGUGUUCUAGUCGGCGCCAUUGACGCAUAUCUCCUGGCUCCACUCCAGCUUGGCAUUGACACUCUGAUUGGGACAAGGAGGUUUAAGAGGUCGGAUUUCUUGGUGGCAGAGAAGCUUGGAGAAGGCUCAUUCGGAGUGGUGUAUUCAGGGGUCCUUCUCCCAAAGAAUUCUUCAAGUGUUGUUGAUGAGCAGCGGAUUAUGAACAAGGCUACACUUAAAUCUUCUUCUUUGGGGGAUUUUAAGGAGAGGGUUAUUCUCAAGAAGGUUAAGCUUGGGGUUCGAGGUGCUCAGGACUUCGGCGAGUACGAAGAGUGGUUCAACUACAGACUCUCUAGGGCUGCUCCUGACACCUGCGCUGAGUUUCUCGGUAGCUUUGUCGCCGACAAGACCAAUACUGUCUUUACAAAAGGCGGCAAAUGGCUCGUCUGGAGGUUCGAGGGAGACCGUGAUCUGGGUGAUUACAUGAAAGAUAGGAGCUUCCCUUCAAAUCUGGAGUCCAUCAUGUUUGGGCGUGUUCUUCAAGGUGUGGAAUCUGUGAAACGUCGUGCACUCAUCAUUAAGCAGAUCAUGCGCCAGAUCAUUACAUCUCUCAGGAAGAUCCACGAUACUGGCAUUGUUCACAGGGACGUGAAGCCCGCCAACUUGGUGGUUACAAAGAAGGGCCAGAUUAAGCUCAUUGACUUUGGUGCUGCUGCUGAUCUUCGCAUCGGCAAGAAUUACAUCCCUGAGCGCACAUUGCUAGAUCCUGACUACUGUCCUCCUGAGCUCUAUGUCCUCCCCGAGCAAACUCCAACUCCUCCUCCCGAGCCUAUUGCCGCUUUGCUUUCCCCCAUUCUCUGGCAGUUGAACAGUCCGGAUCUGUUUGAUAUGUAUUCUGCUGGGAUAGUGCUUCUGCAAAUGGCGGUUCCUACCAUAAGAUCUUCUGCGGGUCUGAAGAAUUUCAAUCUUGAGAUCAAGUCUGUUCAAUAUGACCUUAAUAGAUGGCGUGACAGGACUCGGACUAGGCCUGACUUGAGCAUCCUUGAUCUGGACUCUGGCAGAGGCUGGGACCUCGUCACUAAACUUAUAUCCGAGAGAGGUUCUCUGAGACGCGGACGCCUUUCUGCCGCUGCUGCUCUCAGACACCCUUAUUUUUUAUUGGCUGGUGAUCAAGCUGCCGCUGUUCUUUCUAAGCUUAGUUUCACCAAGUAAUUUCUUCUUUUCAUGUAAAUAUUGUUAUGUACACAACUCUCUUCCUUGAAUAUAAAUACUACUCUUUUUUUUUUC